GCAGCCGCGGGAGCAGGCACGCAUUGUGCAAAGAAGCGGCAGAUGCGAGCAGGGCCAGCCCCACGCGCGUUGGCCUCCUCGCCCAGAGGCUUGCCGGGCCGCUUGACUGGCCCCCGUGCCUCCCCCUGUGCGGGCUGGGGGCCAAGGAGGGCCGGCAUGGCCUGAGUGUUGGAGGCGCCUCGGCUCAGCGGCGGGAUUGCAACAUGGGGAACCAGGAUGGGAAGCUGAAGAGGAGCGCAGGUGAUGCCCUGCACGAAGGCGGAAGCAGCGCAGAGGAUGCUGUUGGGCCCAGAGAUGUGGAAGCCACAAAGAAGGGGAGCGGGGGCAAGAAGGCGCUGGGGAAGCACGGCAAGGGGGGAGGGGGUGGCGGCGGGGGGGAGCCAGGCAAGAAGAAGAGCAAGUCGGAAUCUAGAGCCUCAGUGUUUUCCAACCUGCGGAUCAGGAAGAACCUGUCCAAGGGGAAAAGCACCGGCGGCUCCCGCGAGGAUGUGCUGGACUCCCAGGCCCUGCAGACCGGGGAGCUGGACAGCGCGCAUUCUCUGGUCACCAAGACUCCAGACCUCAGCCUCUCGGCAGACGAGACGGGCCUGUCGGAUACCGAGUGUGCUGACCCAUUCGAGGUAGCCCGUCCAAGUGGCCAUGGACCCACUGAUGCAGGGGUUGGGGGCAGGGUGGUCUUGGAGGAUUUGGAAACAGCCGUGGGGAUGCAGGAUGGACAAAGGACCAGUUCAGGCUCGGACACGGACAUCUAUAGCUUCCACUCGGCCACGGAGCAAGAGGAUUUGCUUUCAGACAUUCAGCAGGCGAUCCGCCAGCAGCAGCAGCGGCAGCAGCAGCGGGGCUCCGAGGAGCCUGCAGCGCCCUCCGCAGCCGCCUCCCCCCAGCCCGGGGCCUUCUUGGGCCUGGACCAGUACUUGCUGGGGUCCAGCAGCACAGCCCGAGAGGCCCCUUGCAGUCCUGACCCGGAGCGGGCUCUGUCUGCGCUGUCUGACCUGCCUGGCAGCCUGGCCACGGAGCCCCAGGUGCCUGAGCAGCCACCGCCCCCCAGCAGCCCUGGAGCCUUGGCGAUGCCUGGCCUGCCUGAGGGCCAGCCCGCAGCCGCAGCCUCGCCCUCCUCCCCCUCCUCCCCCGCCUUCCCGUUCCCUGAGGCCCCGCCGGGAGAGGGCUCGGCCAGAGCCGCCGGCCCAGGGGCUGGGGACACUGACGAGGAGGGCGAGGAAGAUGCAUUUGAGGAUGCCCCCCGAGACUCUCCAGGAGAGACGUGGGGCCCGGGGGUGGGAGAGAUUCCCCCGAGGCUGGGGGCAGAGCCCGAGGGGGAGCCCAGCAGGCCCGGCGCCCCGGCAGCUGCCUCCCUGCCCAGCAGCCCUGCGCCCAGCCCGCGCUGCUUCAAGCCCUACCCGCUCAUCACUCCCUGCUACAUCAAGACCACCACCCGGCAGCUCAGCUCGCCUAAUCACUCUCCCUCUCAGUCCCCCAGCCAGAGCCCCAGGAUCAAGAGGCGGCUAGAGCCCUCCCUGAGCCGGGAGCCCAGGGCUGCCCUAGUCUCGGCCGCCGCUCCAGCCAAGAAGCACCGGGCUGAGAGCGGCCUCGCUUGCGGCCUCAGCCGCUCAGCCGACUGGACUGAGGAGCUGGGCAGCCGCGCGCCCCCGGCCGGGGGCUCUGCGCACCUGCUGGAACGCGGGGCGGCCUCGGAGGGGAGCGGCGGGGCGCCACCAGCGCAGGCAGCCAAGGUGUCUGGGGCACAGGCGGCUGCUGAUUGUUUCCAGAACGUGUUCACAGGGCGAACUCUGUUGGAGAAGCUAUUCAGCCAGCAGGAGAACGGGCCUCCAGAAGAAGCAGAGAAGUUUUGCUCCCGGAUCAUUGCCAUGGGUCUUCUACUUCCUUUCAGUGACUGCUUCAGGGAACCAUGUGAUCGAAAUGCCCAAUCAAGUUCAGCUCCGUUUGAUCAAGAUCAACUUUAUACCUGGGCUGCAGUCAGCCAACCCACUCACUCACUGGAUUACACAGAAGGGCAGUUUCCCAGGCGAGUCCCGUCUGUUUGGCCCCCAUCGAAACCUCCUGAUGAAGAACACAGGCCGAAGGAUGCUGAAACAGAAUCUCAGUCUGCUGUUCUGGAAACUCCAAAAAAAUGUUCAGAUGCUGUUCAGCGGGAAGUUUUUGACAUGAAGUCUGAAGGACAGGCAACUGUAAUUCAGCAGCUGGAACAGACCAUUGAGGAUCUGAGGACCAAAAUAGCUGAGCUGGAGAAGCAGUAUCCUGCCCUGGAUGUGGAGGUGGCCAGUGGCCGUCAUGGGGCUCACAAUGGAGUGGCACCGUUAGAAGGUGUCUGUCUUGAAGCUCUCAGGUUAGGAGAAAAGGAUGUACAUCAUCAAAGGAUUUUACAGGCAAAGUCAAUCCAGACGUCCCCGACGGAAGAGGGUGGGAUACCGACACUUCCUUCUGUUAAUGCACUACCAGAGUGUCCUCCCUGCCCAUCUGGGCCCGAAAGUGGAGACUCAGCUAUGCUCUCCUCACCUUCUGGACCUCAGACAAAAUUCUGCUCAGAGAUUUCUUUGAUUGUGUCUCCAAGGCGAAUAUCAGUACAGCUCGACACACAUCAGCCCACUUUGCCUCCAGCACCUCCAUCCCUUCCGAGGUCUGACAGUCAAAGACAGGCCGGGUCACAACCUUCCCAUCCUUCUCUUCAUACUGAGUCUGAAACCAGCCAUCAAUACUCUGUUUUCUCUUCCUCUGACAACAGCCAUAGCAUCCAACCCUUCCCACCUCUACCUUGCACAGAGUCUUCCAGCUCCAUGCCUGGUGUGGGCAUGGUGGUCCCCCCACCUCCUCCUCUCCCUGGCACAGCAGGGCCUGCUCUGCCCAGUACAGCCAUCCCCCCACCUCCUCCUCUGCCUGGUACAGAAAUGCUACCCCCCCCUCCUCCACCUUUGCCUGGUGAGGGAAUACCUCCUCCCCCUCCCUUGCCAGGUGAGGGAAUACCUCCUCCCCCCCCUCUUCCUGGAGUGGAAAUACCUCCUCCCCCUCCCCUGCCAGGUGAAGGAAUACCUCCUCCCCUUCCUGGAGUGGGAAUACCUCCUCCUCCCCCUCUUCCUGGACUGGGAAUACCUCCUCCCCCCCCUCUUCCUGGACUGGGAAUACCUCCUCCCCCUCCCCUGCCAGGUAUGGGGAUUCCAUCUGUUCCCACUCCCCCUCCCACUUCUGGAUCAGGCAUCCCCCCACCCCCUCUGCUUCCUGGAUUAGGCCCUCCACUCCCCCCUCAGGUUGGAAGUAGCACUUUAUCAGCACCGCAAGUGUGUGGCUUUCUUCCUCCUCCGUUGCCAGCUGGCUUGUUUGGAUUAGGGGUGAACCAAGACAGAGGGAGUAGGAAGCAGCCCGUGGAGCCUUGCCGGCCCAUGAAGCCUCUGUAUUGGACGAGAAUUCAACUGCAUAGUAAAAGAGACUCCAGUGCUUCACUUAUUUGGGAAAAAAUUGAAGAGCCAUCCAUAGAUUGUCAUGAAUUUGAGGAAUUAUUUUCUAAAACUGCUGUGAAGGAGAGGAAAAAACCUAUUUCUGACACCAUCACAAAGACCAAGGCUAAACAAGUGGUCAAGUUAUUAAGCAACAAAAGAUCACAAGCAGUUGGAAUAUUAAUGUCUAGCCUUCAUUUAGAUAUGAAAGAUAUACAACAUGCUGUUGUGAACUUGGACAAUUCUGUGGUUGAUCUGGAGACCCUUCAAGCUCUCUAUGAGAAUAGAGCACAGUCAGAUGAACUGGAAAAAAUUGAAAAGCACGGCCGGUCCUCCAAAGACAAGGAAAAUGCCAAGUCUCUGGACAAACCUGAACAGUUCCUUUAUGAACUGUCACUAAUCCCCAACUUCUCAGAGAGAGUCUUUUGUAUUCUGUUCCAGUCCACGUUUUCAGAAAGCAUUUGCUCAAUUCGUCGCAAACUGGAAUUGCUACAGAAAUUGUGUGAGACAUUAAAAAAUGGCCCAGGGGUUAUGCAGAUCCUGGGUUUGGUUCUUGCUUUUGGCAACUACAUGAAUGGAGGGAAUAAGACUCGAGGACAGGCCGAUGGCUUCGGAUUAGACAUUCUUCCAAAGCUGAAAGAUGUCAAAAGCAGUGACAAUAGCAGAAGCCUUUUGUCAUAUAUUGUUUCCUAUUAUCUUCGAAAUUUUGAUGAGGAUGCUGGAAAAGAACAGUGUGUUUUUCCACUGCCAGAACCCCAGGACCUUUUUCAGGCCUCACAGAUGAAGUUUGAAGAUUUUCAAAAAGAUCUCAGAAAACUAAAGAAAGACCUGAAAGCCUGUGAAGUUGAGGCGGGGAAAGUAUACCAGGUAUCCUCAAAAGAGCACAUCCAGCCUUUCAAAGAAAACAUGGAACAAUUUAUUAUUCAAG